AUGUCGUCGGCGGCAGCCAUGGAGGCAAUCGACGAGCUCGUCCAGCUCUCCGAGUCCAUGCGGCAGGCCGCCUCGCUCCUUGCGGACGAUGACCCCUCUGACGAGACCGCCUCGCGCCGCCCCUCCACCUUUCUCAACGCCGUCGUGCUCGGCAACGUCGGAGCUGGCAAGUCGGCUGUGCUGAACAGCCUCAUUGGCCACCCUGUGCUGCCCACGGGGGAGAACGGCGCGACGCGGGCGCCGAUAGUGGUCGACCUGGCGAGGGAUCCGGGGCUCAGCAGCAAGUCCAUCGUCCUACAGAUCGACAGCAAGUCGCAGCAGGUGUCGGCAAGUGCACUCCGUCAUUCACUGCAGGAUAGGCUUAGCAAAGGGGCAUCCAGUGGAUCUGGGAGAAGCCGAAGCGAUGAGAUUUACCUUAAGUUGCGGACAAGUACAGCUCCUCCGCUGAAAUUGAUUGAUUUACCUGGCAUAGACCAACGGGUUAUGGAUGAUUCAACGAUCAGUGAAUAUGCUGGGCACAAUGAUGCAAUAUUGAUUGUUGUGAUACCAGCAAUGCAAGCAGCUGAUGUUGCAUCUUCUCGAGCUCUUAGGCUAGCAAAGGACAUUGAUCCAGAUGGAACUAGAACAAUAGGUGUCUUAAGCAAAAUCGAUCAAGCAGCUGCAGAUGCAAAAACCGUUUCUUGUGUUCAGGCCAUUUUGUCCAACAAGGGUGCCCCACGAGCAGCAGCUGAUAUUGAGUGGGUUGCUCUAAUCGGGCAGUCUGUCUCAAUUGCAUCUGCUCAAUCAGGAUCAGUCGGGUCUGAUAAUUCACUGGAAACAGCUUGGCGAGCUGAGGCUGAGACCCUUAAAUCCAUCCUAACUGGUGCACCUCAGAGUAAGCUGGGAAGAAUUGCUCUCGUGGAUACCAUUGCUAAGCAGAUACGUAAACGGAUGAAAGUUCGUCUGCCAAACUUGUUGACCGGACUUCAGGGUAAAUCCCAGAUAGUGCAGGAUGAACUUGCAAGGCUAGGAGAACAGAUGGUACAAAGCACUGAAGGAACCAAAGCAGUUGCUCUGGAGCUAUGUCGAGAAUUCGAAGAUAAAUUUCUUGCUCAUAUUACUUCUGGUGAGGGUUCUGGUUGGAAAAUAGUUGCAAGUUUUGAGGGCAAGUUUCCAGAUAGGAUCAAACAACUUCCAUUGGACAGGCAUUUUGAUUUGAACAACGUGAAGAGGAUUGUGUUGGAAGCGGAUGGCUAUCAACCUUAUUUGAUAUCUCCAGAGAAGGGUUUACAGUCCUUAAUAAAAGGAGUUCUGGAAAUGGCCAAGGAGCCAUCGCGACUCUGUGUUGAAGAGGUACACCGAGUUUUGUUAGACAUAGUAAACGCUGCUGCAAAUGCUACACCAGGAUUAGGAAGAUACCCUCCAUUCAAGCGGGAGGUCAUUGCAAUUGCAUCUAAUGCAUUAGAUGCUUUCAAAAGUGAUGCAAAAAAGAUGGUGGUUGCACUUGUUGAUAUGGAGCGAGCUUUUGUUCCUCCACAACACUUCAUCCGAUUAGUACAGAGAAGAAUGGAAAGACAGCGUCGUGAGGAUGAGUUGAGAAAUAACAGAUCAUCUAAGAAAGGACAUGAUGCAGAACAAUCCAAAAUGAACCGGGCUUCAAGCCCUCAAACUGGUUCGGAUGAAGCUGGUGGUAACCUGAAAUCAAUGAAGGAUAAAUCCAAUCAGCAAGAAAAGGAUACAAAAGAGGGACCAAAUUUGCAGGUUGCUGGGCCUGGCGGCGAAAUAACUGCAGGUUACCUUUUGAAGAAAAGUGCAAAAAAUAAUGAAUGGAGCAAAAGGUGGUUUGUUCUAAACGAGAAGAGUGGGAAGCUUGGAUACACUAAGAAGCAAGAGGAGAGACAUUUUCGAGGCGUCAUUGUCCUGGAGGAAUGUAACCUGGAAGAGAUAGAGGAGGAAGAGGUCUCUAAGAAUUCUAAGGAUUCAAAGAAGGCAAAUGGACAAGAGAAAGGGCCAAGUCUUGUUUUUAAGAUUACUAACAGGGUUGCCUACAAAAGUGUCUUAAAAGCUCAAAGUGCCGUUAUAUUGAAGGCUGAGAGUAUGGCUGACAAGAUUGAAUGGAUCAAGAAGAUAAAAGGUGUUAUUCAAAGCAGAGGGGGCUCUGUUAGGGGUCCAACUGAGGAUGGUUCUAUGAGACAAAGCCGUUCAGAUGGAUCCCUUGAUACAAUGGCCCGGAGGCCUGCUGAUCCUGAAGAAGAACUUCGAUGGAUGUCUCAAGAAGUUCGUGGUUAUGUUGAAGCUGUUUUGAACAGUUUGGCCGCAAAUGUUCCAAAGGCUAUUGUACUUUGCCAAGUGGAGAAAUCAAAAGAAGAUAUGCUAAACCAACUGUACAGCUCAGUAAGUGCACAAAGCAACGCAAAGAUCGAAGAACUACUCCAAGAGGACCACAAUGCUAAACGUAGGCGGGAAAAAUACCAAAAACAAUCAUCCCUCUUGUCAAAGCUCACUCGCCAGCUCAGUAUCCAUGACAAUAGAGCAGCUUCAUAUGCGAACGAUAGUUCUGGAGCUGAGAGUAGCCCACGGUCCCCUGGCCACUCUGGUGAGGACUGGAAGUCUGCCUUUGACUCAGCAGCAAAUGGCUCUGUUGACCGGUCCAGUUCACAGCAUGAGACAAGGCUCUCAUUCGCCACUGGUAUUGGUGGAAGAACACAUCUGGGACCAAAGAACAGAGAGCUUACUGGAAGAUCUGGAUGGACGUGGAGGAGGGGCGUGGGGUGCGGCAUCCGCGGAGCGCGGGCGAGCUCCACCUGGCGCGCAAGACGGCGACUGCGGCGAGCUCUACCGAGGUGGCAAGACGACGGCCGCCUCGAGCACAGCUGGCAACUGCGCCUGUGGAGGACCAUCCAGGCCGGUGGCGGCAGUAUAGUCGGGCACGAUGCGAUGCUCGGCAGCGGUCGCGUCGGUGCAAGGCAGCGUGAAGCAGUGAACAUGCGCUUCGGCAACGGCGUUGGCAGCGGCGCGAUGUCGCCGGGGUCAGCAGUGUGGGCAGCAGCGCGAUGCCUUCUCGUGCAAGGCCUACCCGUACGGCCGUACCUGAUGGAGGAGGGGGGCUGCGACGACAUGGCUUAUGACGGCGAGCAGGUGGUCACCAUCUCCGGGUACGAGGACGUGGCGGCCAACGACGAGCAGGCGCUGCUCAAGGCCGGGCGCACCAGCCCGUCAGCACCGCCAUUGAGGCGUCCGGGAGGCACUUCCAGUUCUACAACGGGGUACAUAUACGUAACCAUUACCAAUCUCGAUCCAUUCAGCCGCCAUUGCAAUGCUCGGCAUGCCCUCAUGGUGGUGGCCGCCGCGCAUGUCGUGCCUGAGCCUGAUGAACGCGUGUUCGGGUAG